AUGAAGAAGAAGAGGAAGAAGGCGGAGAAGAAGAGGAUGGACCGGAAGAUUGUGAUUGACUUGAUCAAUUCUAGUCAAUUUGGUCAAGUUGGUCAAUUUGGUCAAUUUGGUCAAUUUGAGGUUGACAAGCAUUUCCCUCACUUGACGGUUGGAGAAACUUUAGAAUUCGCUGCAAGUGUACGAACACCUCAACAAAGACUUGUUGAUGGAACAACUCGUAAAUCUUGGGCAAAACAUAUGACUAAAGUAGUUAUGGCCGUCUUUGGAUUAUCUCAUACGUACAACACAAAAGUCGGUAACGAUUUCCUGGAUCUUCCAAUUGCUGCAUGGGAUAAUUCUACUCGUGGUUUGGAUGCAGCAACUGCUUUGGAGAAAGAAAAUUUCGAUUUCGUAGAAGAUGUUAUCAAGAUGUUGAAUAUGGAAGAUUUCUCGGAAGCUGUUGUUGGUGUUUUAGGAGAAGGAUUGAAUGUGGAGCAACGAAAAUUAUUGACUAUCGGUGUCGAACUAGCUGCUAAACCUGCACUGUUACUCUUUCUGGACGAACCUACUUCUGGUCGGCAAAUGAAUUGGAGAACAAGUAAUGAAUUAAGUAGGUGA